AUGGCUGAGCCUUUCCUAUACGAUACUGGAAAAAGAUCUCAGUAUGGGUGCCUUGGACAUGAAGUACAAAUUGAGCACAUCAAGGCAUAUGUUUGUAGACCAUCCUUUUUCACAGACAAAGCUGUGAUUGUGAUUCACGAUAUAUUUGGAUGGCUGUUCCCAGACAUCAGAUACAUAGUCGAUUUGAUUGCCAGUCAUGGAUACAUAACCAUCUGCCCAGACUUCUUCAAGGGGACAGAGCCCUGGAAAACUACUGAUCACUGGGCUGACUUUGCUGACUGGAUGAAAGAUCAUGAUCCUAUGAAAGUAGACAAGGAAGCUGAUGUUGUCUUGAAGUAUCUAAAGGAACAAUGCGAUGCAAAGAAGAUUGGUAUCGUUGGGUUUUCCUGGGGUGGAAUGGCAGUACAUCACUUGAUGCUGAAAAAUCCUCAAUUAACCGCUGGGGUGUCCCUCUAUGGAAUAAUUAGGGACUCUGAAGAAAGAUACGAUUUACUAAAUCCCACGUUUUUCAUUUUUGGUGAGAAAGACCACACUAUUUCUUAUGAUCAGAUCACUUUACUGGAGGAGAAGUUGAAACAGUAUUGUAAAGUUGCAUAUAAAAUUAAAGUUUAUCCUGGACAAGUUCAUGGAUUUGCACAGUUGAAGCCAGAAGAUAUGAAACCUGAUGAUAAACCUUACAUUGAAGAAGCUAGAAAGGAUAUGAUUGAUUGGAUCAAAAUAUUUAUUUGA